AUGACUCGCUCUGGUCUGCUCCUCGGUGCCCUGGCCCUUGCCUUUGUGACCGUUGCCUUCGUGGCGCCGCCGCGCGUGUCCACCCCUCGCAGCCUCCCUGACAAGUUGGUGCGCCCAGAGCCUCCAAGUGAUGCUGGCACCGUUGUGAUGGGAGUUCUUGCUGGACUGAUGGUGGGCCUCGCUGUGCCCGCAAGCAGCUGGGCUGUGAACGACCUGCCUGAGUUCCUACGACCCCGCAAGCAGAGGUUCUCGGUGGUCCGGCCCAGCUUCAUGCAGGGCAUCGAUGCCUCCUUGGCCGCCACAAAGCCCGGCGAGAUCGAUUUUGUCACGAGGAGCAGAAUUGAGGCGUCCUACUUUCCCCAAGUCAUUGAAGAGCUCAAGCAGGAGAAAGUCAAGCUCGAGGCAGCUCCGAGCAAGAAGGAACGAUUGGAGAAGGCCGCUCAGCAGAUGAGGGAGUACGCCAAGACGGCCCAGUUCCACAUGGCUGAGGAAGUGCAGCUGUGA